CACAGGUAACUUGCUCUUGGUCUUGGCCUGAAGGUUUGUUUACAUCCGAUUCCCUCAUUCCUCAGCCCCAGGGGAACACGUGUUUCAGCCCCCCUGGACACGCCCCCUUUCCCCCGAGUGGCCCAGGGCGCCUGCUGCCCAUCCUAAGAGGCCACCAUGAACCGUGGGAAGAUCUCCUUUGGCAAGAUAGGGCUGAGUCUGGGAGCUGCCCCACCCACUGCCUCUCCCCCGCCCAGCGAUGCCCCGCCCACCUCAGGCUUCGGGUCAUUUGGGAAGAAACAGACAGAGGAGAAAACAGAGGAGGAAAUGGCCGCCGCAAUGGGUUUCUCCGGCUUUGGCAAGAAGGCGCGGGAGUUUGAACUGGACGAGCUAGUGGAGAAAACUCGCAAGUCUGCCAUUGACAAGAACAGGGAAAAUAUUGAAAAACUGAAACUCCAAGAAGAGGAGAUUCGGAAGAAGGCCGCGGCAGCAUUACCCCCAAAGACGGCCUCCUCCAAGCCCCCCAGAGCCAGCGCCAGCAAGCAGGGAGGAGCAGAAGAGGAAGAGGAGGACGAGGAUGAUGAGUUUAUCGGGCCUCCUCUGCCCCCCGGCCUGGGCCCCCCCAAGCCAGAAGGCGAGGACAGCGAUGACGAGAGUGACAAGGACGUGAAGCGCUUCCCCAUCGGCCACCAGCUUGUCCUGGAGCACGGCACUCGCACGGUCUCGGCGCUGGCCGUGGACCCCACCGGCACACGGCUGGUGAGUGGCGGCGUGGACUACGAGGUGCGCUACUGGGACUUUCAGGGCAUGGACCAGUCGAGGGAGGCCUUCCGGUCCUUCUGCCCGGCUGACGGCUACCCGGUGAACGCCGUGGACUACAGCUGCACUGGGGACAAGGUGCUGGUGGUGCCCGGCUCACAGCAGGCCAAGGUGUACGACAGGGACGGCAUCGAGCUGUUUGAGUGUGCACGCGGAGACAUGUACCUCCACGACAUGGCCAAGACCAAGGGCCACAUCGCCGGCCUGACCUGCGGAGUGUGGCACCCGAGGGACAAGGAGGAGUUCAUGACGGCGGGCAGGGACGGAACAUGCCGGCUCUGGCACACGAAUCGCCCCGAGAGCCAGAGAAACGUGAUCAAGGCGCGCGCCAGCACCGGCCUCAAGACCAACCCCAUCACCUGUGCCUACAACAGAGACGGCCUCCUGGUGGCCUGUGCCUGCGACGACGGCUCCGUGCAGAUGUGGGACCACCGGAAGUCCUUCGUCAACGUGGCCAUCUGCAUCAAACAGGCGCACGCUAAGGGAACGGAAACCUCGGGGCUGACCUUCGCCUACGACAACAAGGGCUUUGCCACGAGGGGCGGGGACGACACCCUCAAGUUGUGGGACAUGCGCAACACCAGGCGGGCCGUGCAUGUGGCCGAGGAUCUCUUCAACAAGUUCCCCAUGUCCAGCUGCGUCUUCAGCCCCAACGACCAGAUGGUGGUGACGGGAACCUCUCUGAACCGAGGUGAGAAGUCCGGCAGACUCCUCAUGUUCAACCGCAACACGUUUGAGAAGGUGAAGGAGGUGGAGGUCGGGGAAAGCCACGUUGUCAAGGUCAUCUGGCAUCCUAAACUGAACCAGAUCCUCUUGGGCUGCGGUGACGGCAAGGCCAGACUCCUCUACGAACCCAAGGCGUCACAUAAUGGUGCCCUCCUAGUCGCCGGGAAACACAAGAAGCGGUCCAAGCAAGCGGAGGUGGUGGUGUCGCAGCAAGUCAUAACCCCACACGCCCUCCCGAUGUUCCGCGAGGAGAGGCACAAAUCAACGCGCAAGGUGGAGGAACGCGACAGAAAGGACCCGGUCAAAUCACGUCAACCAGACCUCCCAGUUGGCAAGGCAGGGUCAGGGGGCAGGGUGUCGGCGGGAGGCUCGACGCUCUCAUCGUACAUCAUCCGAAACAUGGGCCUCCGCAAUAAGGUACACGAGGAAGGAGACCCGAGAGAGGCGCUGCUUAAGUUCGCCAAGGAGGCCGCCGAGAACCCCUACUGGGUGACGCCGGCCUACACAAAGAACCAGCCCAACACGGUGUUCCAGCAGCCAGCGGAGACCAAGCCCAAAGAGGAACCAGACGGGGACACACAAGAACCGCCCACGAAAAAGACAAAGACAUGAGUUAUGGGCGCUUAAAGGCUUACGUUCGACCCUCGGUUUAAUUUAAUGGGCUGAAUCAGGCUUUUCCAUCAGGCCAUCUUUCCUUCUUUAUAUCUUUUAAACACCUGGUAGUUUCUUCUUCAUUGAUGUUUUAAGUAUAGGCAUGAGUUACAGAGCGUUUAAAGGGUUUUGUGUGAACUUGACCCUUAAUUAAAUGGGGUAAAUCAGGCAUUUCCAUCAGGCCGUCUUUCUUUCCUUAUGUCUGCUAAGCACUUGGUAUUUUUUUUCAUUAAUUCCUGAUGCAAAGACAUGAGUUACAGGUCAUUUAAAGGGUUCAGUGUGGACUCUACCCUUGGUUUUGGGGCUGAAUCAGGCAUUUCCAUCAGGCUGUCUUUCUUUCCUUAUGUCUUCUAAGCACUUGGUAUUUUUUUCAUUAAUUCCUGAUGCAAAGACACGAGUUUCUGGGUGUUUAAAGGGUUCAGUGUGGACUCUACCCUUGGUUUUGGGGCUGAAUCAGGCAUUUCCAUCAGGCUGUCUUUCUUUCCUUAUGUCUUUUAAGCACUUGGUAUUUUUUUCAUUAAUUCUUGAUGCAAAGACAUGAGUUUCUGGGUGUUUAAAGGGUUCAGUGUGGACUCUACCCUUGGUUUUGGGGCUGAAUCAGGCAUUUCCAUCAGGCCAUCUUUCCCUUAUGUCUUCUAAGCACUUGGUAGUUUAUUCUUCAUUGAUUCCUUAGGCAAAGACAUGAGUUAUAGGGCAUUUUAAGGGUUCUGUGUUGACUAGACUUUAGGUUUUGGGGCUGAAUCAGGCUUUUCCGUCAGGCCGUCUUUCUUUCUUCAUGUCUUCUAAGCUCUUGGUAGUUUCUUCAUUAAUUCCCUAUGCGUUUAAAGGUUUCUGUGUGAACUCGACCCUCAGUUUAACGGACUGAAUCCUUGUCAAGCAUCUGUGUCAGGCUCUCUCUAGCAAGCCUCUGUCUGUGUGUUCCAGUGACUUCUCUUCCUCACACAUUUCUUGCUAGCAUUCACAACUGUCAGGACAUAGCAAAGCACAUGUACACCCAUAUCACAAGCUCUCCCUUCCUCGACCAAGCCCUCGUUCAUAGUCGAUACCAGUAGUUGAUAAUGAGCUCCUCCUCCUGUUGAUUCGAUGAUGCCAUGUUCCACUAGAGUUGUGCACCUCACAGUACAAUGCAUUAAAAUAACUAAAUAUUUCC